CUUACAUCAUUAUAUUAAAAAAAAACGUGUCGAGUUUAGUCAAGAUCAUGGAGUCUAUUUAAAGAAAGCACAUCAAUUCUGCUUAAAACUUCUAACAAGUUGAAUCUGAAGGAUCAAGGCAUUGUCUUCAGUUUAAUCUUUGUAAUGACAACAUCUGCGAUGGGAAGGAACUGUGUGGUUUUGGGUUUAGCAGUGUGUCUUGUUCUGUCAAGCUUGCAAAGGGUUUCUUGUCAGGCUGAAGGAAUCAGCGAUUUUUUAACAUUCGAAAAUCAAGAAUUUCAAUCUGAUAUCAAUAUCUCCGAAGAGCUAGAGCGUCAAUCGAUAACUAAAGAGAGUGAAAACGAGAGCAGUUGGGAGCAGAGCACUACAAUAUCUUCUUCUCUUUCGGAAGAAACCAAGACUGAAGCUGUUAGUGGUCAAAGUUCCAGUAUGAUGGACGAAAUAAACCGAGAAAUUGAAGCCCAUCUUGGUGAUCUGAAUAAACAAUCUGGAUCUGAUCAUGUCACAACAAUUGGUGUAUCUAUGGAUGCUUUUGAAAAUGAUGCUGAGAGACGGAAAGAACUGGAAGAGAUUGAACGACAAAUCAAAGCUGCGGCUGCAACAAAAAUUGUUGUAGAAGAAGGAACGACAAAAACAAAGACUAGUGUGGAAACACAUGAGACCAAAUUUGAAGGUUCUGAAAGUGAGACAUUUCAAACACAAUAUGGAAGGAUGGGUGAAAAAGAACAUUAUGAAAUGCUGCCGACCAGAAAUUCGAUACCGAUCAAAGGUGCAUCAGCGGAAAGUCGUAAACGACAGCAGUCUAACAGUUACAACGGUGGCUCAAGGAUUUUUGGAUCUCUAGGAAUUUCACAAUCGUCAGGUGCGUGGCGAUGUUUCAACCACGACCAAAAUGGAGAUAACGAAGAGGAGGAAGCUUCCAUCAUUAUACCAAAGUACAAUAUAGAGACAGUCAUCAAGGAAGAAUCUAUUUCAAAGGGCUCCGAGUCAAAGACCUACAGUCUCGGACAAGAGGUUGAAGAUAUGCUUGACACGUAUAGAAGAAAAGGCUUGUCUGGAGGUGUCACCACAGAAACAUCUUCAAAGGAAAAGACAGAUAUAGUAGAGAAGCUAAAAGCGACUCUAAAAGGUUAUCGCAAUAUUAAAAUACAUGAGCUGGUCACUCGUUCUGAUUUCGAGGAGAUACUGACGAUGGCUGCGCGUUAUGAGGAGCUGAGCUCAACUUCUGAGAGCUACAUCUCGAGGCUCUCCAUGUACAGAAGCAUGAUAAAAGAAGGUAUCAAGGCCUCUCAGCGAGUCAAACUUGCGCAGCAGCGUGCUAGGUUGCUCAAAGACAUGGCCAUGGAGAAGCAGAAGAAAGUGGACGCUGAGUUUGCGUUGGUCAAGUCUUUGGCUCAGAGAGGAGACGCUUUGUACGUCAAAAUAUAUGCGAUCAAGAAGUUGGUGAUGAAGCUUGAGGCCGAGAAGGAAGAGGUUGAUAUGAAUUUUCAGAAGAUCAUUGGGAACCUCUCACGUGUUCUAGAGGAAGCGUCUCAGGCCUAUGAGGAGUACCAUGUGGUUGUGCGUAAGUGGAAGGAGGAGAAAGCAGCUGAGGAGUUCUCUCGUGAGGCCAUUGAGAGCGCAGAGGUUGUUUGGGUUCAGUUUCUCAGCUCUCUCUAGAGUCUAGAGACAUCUCUCUUAGUCUCUCUUCUUAUCUUGUUUCUACGUUUUAUCCUUCCAUGUGAGAGCCUUAGGCAAUUUUGUCUUUGCUUUAUUAAUAAUGUGUGAGUCACGUGGUAUACGCGGAACUUUGUUUUGAAAGAUUUUA